CACACACACGCGCACACACACACACACACACACACACACACACACACACACACACUGCUUGACAUCAGAAGACCCGAAGAUUGGAAGGAACCCAACUCAACUAGAAUCUUUCUCUGCAGGACCAGACAAUACACAAUCUGAAACAUGUCCUCCAUGUUUGAGAAUAUCAGUAAGAAUUUGGUCAAAGAGCUCGGAGACAAAGACCUGACACCUGUGAAACACCUGCUGAAUGCCAACAAAUUCCGUCAGUUUGCAAUUUUACGGAAGAAAAAGAAGACUCUCUCACAGUUCUGGGAACUACCUGAUAUUCCAGUAGAAUACACCCUCAUGGACAUCCUGGAGCCAAGUUCUUCAGUCCCAGAAACUGUUAUCAAGGGACCAUUUAUCUUCAGUGACACCAUGUUCCGGAAGUACAAGGCUUCUGCAGGUGUGACUGCCAUGCUAGAAACGAAUGUGUCAGGGGAAGCUACUAAGUGCCAUGAAACCUUCCUCCAGUUUCACGCUGUUACCUUCCCACCCCAAAACUGGAAAGACCUUCUAAAGAGGAAAGUGUUGGAUCAGGAGCUGCUGUUUCUGAGGAAGUGCCGGGGCAGAGAUGACAAUCUCUAUGUGGUGACAGAGGCCGUGGAGCUGAUCAACAGCACUGUGCUGCAUGACAGCAGCAGUGUGAACGUUUUGGGAAAAUGCUUUAUCCCCUGGAUGACUUCUGUCAAGGGUCAAGGCCAGGGAGAGGGUCUCAAAGUGAGAGAGAAGAUGUUGACUCUGCCAGAGGGCACCGUGAUCGCCUAUAAGAAGAAGCAGCUGAUUUUCGAGAACAAUGGCUGGGAUAUCCUCAUCUCAGAUGAUGACACGCAGAAAACCUUUCCAGAAGAGAGAAUGCUACAAAAGAUGAUGACAUCAAUUGCUGUGAACAAUGGUCCCCUGUACACAAUGAGUGUAUCUGAUGUAAGGAAGCCUCUGGAUCUUGUGCUGCACUCACCUGGAAGAAUACAGAGAGUCCUUUGGCAAGAUUUCAAGCAACUACAUGAGGAGAUUUUCCAGGAAAUGGAGGCCUUGGCCCAGCUCUCAAAGGACACUCAGGAUUCUAUAUUCCAUACUAUCCUGAACAUGCUUGGGAACCGAGAGGCUCUGCAGGACCUCACGGACACGCUGGAUGGGAGCCCCUUAGAUCUUUUGGAUGACUUUGGGGGCACAAUCCUAAAUGAGAUGCAACCGGACACAAGAGACCUAUGGAUCCAGGCAAGAUUCCACAUCAUCUACCUCCUUGAAGUCAUAAUGGUGUUGAGUGACACCCAACAUGAUCUGCUGGCCCAGUCCAUGGAAAAGAGGAUCCUGCUCCAGCAGCAGAAGCUGGUAAGGAGCAUCCUGGAGCCCAACUUCAAAUACUGCUGGGACAUCCCCUUUACCCUCAAACCCGAGCUCCUUGCCCCACUCCAGGGUGAGGAUUUGGCCAUCACCUAUGGCCUCCUGGAGGAGUGUGGGCUGAAAAUGGAACUGAAUAGCCCCAGGUCAACCUGGGAUCUGGAAACCAAGCAGCCCCUGUCUGCCCUGUAUGGGACCCUGUCGUUGCUGCAGCAGCUGACAGGCAGUCCAGAGAGGCCUGGCCCCACUCCAGUCUAUGCUGAGAGUGUCCCUGAUGAGCUCGGGGGGGUCUAGGGCCACCACGUCUGCCGUUCUAGGCAGGAUGGAGCCAGGGAUCGGUGGAAACUUGAGAGAAUGUUCUGAGGUGAUAGAAAUAUCUGUAUCUUGAUAAAGGUUUAUGCAAUUGUCAAAACUCAUCGAAUAGUAUCUAAAGAUGUGAGCCUGGGUGGUUCAUUGGAUGAGCAUCCAACUUUAGCUCACGUCAUGAUUUCACAGUUUGUGAGUUUAAGCCCUGCUAUGGGCUCUGUGCUGUCAGAGCCUGCUUGGGAUCCUUUGUACCC